GGGCGAGGCCCCUCCCCCACUCCCUCCCUCCCCUCCCAAAUUUUAGGAGCGCCCCUCCCCCCUCCUCGAGGGUGGCCCUUCCCUCCUCCCUUCCCGGGGGGGUGCUGGGGGUGGGAGGAAGUGAGGAGCCCCGACGGCAGCCAGAAGCAUCCCUCCCCCUGCAGGUGUGCGUGUGCACGCGCGUGUGUUGUGCAGAGGUGCGGGUGCAGCGCCGCUUGCACGCGCUUGUGAUCGGCCGCCCCCUUCCUUUCCUUGCCCCGCUUGCUGGCCUUCCGUCCGGUGGAGUGGCCAUGGGAGACGGCCGGGAGGAGGAGGAGGAGGUGGUCGGGGACGUGAACUCGAACCUGCUGCUCAUCAGCCCCUCCAGCACGGGGGACGCGGAGCUGGACCGGGCGGUCCGGCAGUGGCUCACCUGGGACAAGAAUCCUAAAACAAGAGGUCAAAUCGAAGACCUCCUACGAAAUGGAAGGAACAAGGAGCUCCGGGAUCGUCUGUGCCGCAGGCUUACCUUCGGGACGGCCGGGCUGCGCUCCGCCAUGGGUGCUGGCUUCUGUCGCAUCAAUGACCUGACCGUGAUCCAGUCGACCCAGGGGAUGUAUAAAUACCUUGAGAAAUGCUUUUCAGACUUCAAGCAACGAGGUUUUGUUGUCGGAUACGACACCCGAGGCCAGGUGGCCAGCAGCUGCAGCAGCGUAAGGCUUGCCAAGCUGACGGCGGCUGUCCUGCUGGCUAAGGGCGUCCCGGUCUACUUGUUCUCCAGAUACGUGCCGACUCCAUUUGUGCCCUACGCCGUUCAGCAGCUCGGAGCGGUAGCGGGUGUGAUGAUCACAGCUUCCCACAACCGGAAGGAAGACAACGGGUACAAGGUGUACUGGGAAAACGGUGCUCAGAUCACGUCACCCCAUGAUAAGGAGAUCCUGAAAUGCAUCGAAGAGUGCGUCGAGCCCUGGUCGGAUUCCUGGAACGAGAAUCUGGUGGAGAGCAGCCCUCUGGCCCGGGACCCUCUGCAGCAGAUCUGCGCAAGCUACAUGGAGGACCUGAAAAAGAUCUGUUACCACAGGGAGCUGAAUGCAAAGACUCGUCUGAAAUUUGUUCACACGUCUUUCCACGGCGUUGGGCACGAAUACGUGCAGCUGGCGUUCCAGGCCUUCGGCUUCCAGCCGCCCAUUCCGGUCCCCGAACAAAAAGAUCCGGAUCCAGACUUUUCCACGGUGAAGUGCCCAAACCCAGAAGAAGGGGAAUCUGUGCUGGAGCUCUCUUUGCGUCUGGCAGAAAAAGAAGGGGCCCGGGUGGUGGUCGCUACCGAUCCCGACGCUGACCGGCUCGCUGUGGCGGAACGCCAGGAGAACGGUGACUGGAAGGUCUUCAGUGGCAAUGAACUGGCAGCUUUGUUCGGCUGGUGGAUGUUUACCUGCUGGAAGCAGAACUGUCCCAAAGAGGCCAACGUCAAGGAUGUUUACAUGAUGGCAACCACAGUCUCUUCGAAGAUCCUGAAGGCCAUUGCGGUCCGGGAAGGGUUUCACUUUGAAGACACCCUCCCUGGCUUCAAGUGGAUUGGCAGCCGAGUGAAGGACCUGCUGGACAAGGGGAAGGAAGUGCUCUUAGCCUUUGAAGAAUCCAUCGGCUUCAUGUGUGGGACGUCGGUGUUGGAUAAAGACGGUGUAAGCGCAGCCGUGGUAAUCGCCGAAAUGGCAACCUAUCUAGACACCAAGAACCAAACGCUGGCCCACCAGUUAACAGAAAUAUUUAAAACGUACGGCUACCACUUUUCCAAGACCUCUUACUUCCUCUGUUAUGAUCCUCCUACGAUCAAGAAGAUCUUUGACCGGCUUCGGAACUUUGACGGACCUCAUUCGUACCCUGCCUUUUGUGGCGCUUACAGUAUUUUGGACAUCCGGGAUGUGACCACCGGGUAUGACAGCAGCCGGCCGAACAAGAAGUCGGUGCUGCCUGUGAGUAAAAACAGCCAGAUGAUCACUUUCACCUUUCAAAAUGGCUGUGUUGCCACCCUUCGGACAAGUGGCACUGAACCAAAGAUCAAAUACUACGCAGAGAUGUGUGCACCCCCUGAACAGAGUGACAUCGCUUUCCUGGAAGAGGACCUGCAGAAACUCAUUGACGCCCUCAUUGAGAAUUUUCUGGAGCCCAGUAAGAAUGGACUGAUCUGGCGCUCCGUGUAGCCGCCGGCUCCUCCCGCCUUUGGGCGAUGACGCAGAAGUCACUUCCAUGCACUGUGUCCCAUGGAACAAAGGAACCAAGAUGAUUACUCCCGUUUGCAUUAAUUUAAUGUGUGUGUGUGUGUAUGUGUUCCCUAGACAGCCUACCUAUAGGAAAGCGGUCUUCUUUUGUCAGCAUUAUAUCCUAAAAGGGUCAGCUGAUUACCAAACAGAUUUCCAGAGGAUGAUGAGUUCCUCCAGGUAUGGCUGAAGCUAAAAGGAAAGGCUGGGCGCAGGCUGAAAAACUCCGCCAGGAGCUGAUGCCCCAGCUUCUUUUGAAAAAAAGAGCAAAUACAAUUAUUAUUAUUAUUUUUUCUCCUGUGGGUUCCAUCUUGUAGGUCCAGAUAUCUAGAGUCUGGGACGCUUGGAGGUUCUUGUCAGCUGGAAAGCUCUCAGGGGUGAGAAAGCUUGGAGUCUGAGGCUGACGGAGAGCCCUGCUUCUUUAGAGCUGUUAUAAGCGUCGGUGAGCCUGUCCUCUUGGAAGUCUUAAUUUUAUUCAGCCUGUUUAGUAGAGUUCCGUGAAUUAGGACUUUCUAGUUUGGUCCCCGUUGUUCAGUGGUCCUUAUCUAUUUAAACCUCUUUCUAUUCUGAAAAGUGCUCUUUGUACGUCGAGUUCUCGCCCUGUCUCUACGCUUUACGCUGAAGCUGGCAUAGCCGUUAAAGGAGAAUCGCAUGGUGUGCGUGUGCAGGUUUAAUGGGUCUUGAAAUGGGCCUAAUGGCCCAUUUCAUGCUCCGUUCGCCCCUCAAAGGACUGCUCUCUCCUGGGCUUCCUGGUGGCCAGAGAACAAGCCUGUGUCCUGGGGUUUUAUGCUUAGAGAGGUACCGAAGACUUUUGGGGUGGCUAAAUGUGAUUCUGCCAAUUGUGCCCUCAGUUGCCUGAAUUAAAAAAAA